GAAGGAAUUAUCAUUCACGAGCUCUUCCACGCUUUGGGAUUGCACCAUACUCAUUCUCGAUUAGACCGCAAUUCUUAUGUAUCAGUUGAUACUACCAAAGUAGAUUCAAUCCACUUUGAUAUACAUGCUAAUCAACAUGCAGACCCAUUUGGAAUUGAAUAUGACUAUCAAUCCGUUAUGCACUAUGGCAAAAUUGACUAUAGCACCGAUGGUGUGUCUACAGUAAUAAAUCCAAAUGUUUCAACUGCAAGUCUCGGCCAACGUACUGGUGGUAGCUUUCUAGAUUAUACCCAGAUCAAUUUGAUGUAUGGCUGUUACGGUGAGUCAAGUAGUUGUUAA